UGAUGAAUAAUUGUUGUGAGUGCUUUUUUCGUUUUAAUUAGGGUAGAAAAUUUAAAAACCAACCAUUUUUUCAAAAAUAUAUAACACAAUCAUGGGUGUUAAAAGUGAAAUACCAUCCAUACCUGAAUUUUAUCGGAAUCAAUCAAUUUUUAUUACGGGUGCCAAUGGAUUUAUGGGUAAAGUGCUGGUGGAAAAAUUACUACGAUCAUGUCCUGAUUUAGAUAAAAUUUAUAUUUUAUUAAGAGAGAAAAAGGGAAAAGAUAUACAAACACGUUUUAAUGCUAUGGUUAAUAUUCCUCUUUUUGAACGUAUUAAAAAGGAACGACCAGGAAUAUGUGAAGAAAAAUUAGUAAUUAUAAAUGGAAAUGUAAAAGAAUUAAAUUUGGGAUUGUCGGCCGAAGACAAACAAUUACUUGAAGAAAAAGUUUCAAUCAUUUUCCAUGUGGCUGCUUCCGUUCGAUUUGAUGACCCUUUAAAAGAUGCAGUUUUACUGAAUACCAGAGGAACACGUGAAUUAAUGAAAAUGGCUUUAAAUAUGAAAAAACUAAAAGUUUUAUUGCACGUAUCAACAACAUAUUGCAAUACAGAUAAGAAAGACAUUCAAGAAAUUGUAUAUCCACCACAUGCUGACUGGAAGAAAACUAUUGAAAUAGCGGAAAAUUAUAACGAUGAAGUAUUACAAAUACUUACACUUCCAUACAUAAACCCAUUACCUAACACGUAUACAUUUGCUAAAUCGUUGGCUGAGCACGUAGUCACUGAUAUGAGUAAAGGAGUAAUACCAGCAGUUAUUUUUAGACCCUCCAUUGUUAUAUCCACUGUUCAUGAACCAAUUCAAGGUUGGAUUGACAAUUUUAAUGGACCUGUGGGAUUACUAGCUGCUUGUGGAAUAGGUAUUUUGAGAACUAUGUGUUCAGAUCCCGACAUCAUUUCUGAUUUUAUCCCCGUAGACAUUGCUAUUAAAGCUUUGGUUGUAGCUGCAUGGAAGAAGGGGACCGAACCAGAAGAAAAACAAAAGGAAAUCACUGUUAUUAACAGCAGCAGUAGUAAUAUUAAAUCAAUGACUAUUAAUGAUAUUAUAGAAACAGGAAAAGGUUACGCACAUGAAACACCACUGAACAAUAUGCUAUGGGUUCCAGGUGGAAGCAUAACAAAAUGUAAAGUUUGGAAUUUCAUGAGAGUGAUUGCAAUGCAUAUGUUCCCCGCUUUAUUAAUUGACGUUUUAUUGAGAUUAGCCGGUCACGACUUUAGUUUGCUAAGACUUCAUAGAAAAAUUUAUGUGGCAAAUAUGGCAUUGUAUUACUUUAUAUCAAAUCAAUGGCAAUUCCGUAAUGACAAUUUUAUGGAGUUACAAACUAAAAUAUUAGACUGCGAUCUAAAAGAUUGGGAUUAUGAUUUUUCAACUGAAGAUAUUAACAAAUACUUCUUUAACUGCUUAAUUGGUGCCAAACAAUACUUAUUGAAAGAAGAUUUAUCAACCUUACCAGCAGCCAGAAGACGCUUCAGAAGGAUGUUGUGGUUGGAUCGCAUUGUAAAAGUUCUAUUUGCAGGAUUCAUGAUUUACUUAUAUUUCUAUUUCGAUGUUAGUGAGAUUUUGAUGAAUGUACUUCGAGCAAUUGGAAACUAUUUUACAAACAUUGCAGAUAUUUAAUCAAAUGAACACAAUAAUUUAAUUUCAUUUUUAUAAUC